AUGAAGAAAGCACUGCUUGCUUUGUUUUCGCUGAUCUGUUGGAUCGUUAUCUUGUCCAAUAACAUUCCUACCGUACGCGCAGAGUGUGUAUGUCUGCCAUCGCUUGCACCUUGUACAGUCAAUGCAGAUUGUGGAGGUGGUGUUGCUGUAUGCGCUAGCGAAUGUACGUCAAGUUCAUGCGUAUGCUUUACAAACAAUGCACCGUGCAAUGCGACCAUUCCUUGUGCCGCGACAAAUGUGUGCUAUUUACCUUGCCCACUGGUGACGACGACCGCGACCACCAUCGUCGCGACGACCACAGGAUUCCCCAGUUUCUUACUGCCUAAACUUCUUUUACUUCUGGACACAUUGUACGUUGCCACUUUGCUAAUGGCGAUCUACGUUUUACUUGUUUUGGCAAUAUUAGUUGCCUUUUACCUCCUUAAUUUCACCU